GACGUUUGCAACAAAAAAAAAAAAACUGAAAAAGAAAAUUCCUGGUUGAGAAAAGUAUUUUUUUGAAAAAAAAAAGUAUUUUUUAAAAAAGCAAAAGCAAAACUAAACUCCAUUUAAUCACCACUAUCUACAUAAUUCAAGCAACAAGAAAUUAAAACAUUUCAACUUAAAAAUGGUAGACUACAGCAAAUGGAAAGAUAUUGAAAUUUCCGAUGAUGAAGAUGAAGUUCAUCCAAACAUCGAUACACCUUCAUUAUUUAGAUGGCGUCAUCAGGCCCGUAUAGAGCGUAUGGAAGAAAUGGAUCGCGAAAAGACAGAAUUCGAAAAACGUAAGAACUCACAAAAAUCACGGCUCAUAGAAGUGAAACAAAAGAUCAAAGAAAAGGGUGAUAUGGAGGAAUUAAGGAAAGAGCUUGAAAAAAUCGAAGAAGAAGGAAAAGAAAUCGCCAGAAUAGAAGAUGAUUUGAGGAAGAAGGAGAAGAAAACACCAUGGAAUGUUGACACCAUUAGCAAACCGGGCUUCCAAAAAACUGUCAUAAAUAAAAAACCAACAAAAGCCGAAUUGGAAGGUCUCUCAGAAGAAGAACGCGAAAACAGAAUGAAGAAUUUUGUCAAAGAAAACGAAAAACUUCUCAAGCAAUUUGGAAUGCUUCGCAAGUACGACGACUCGAAGAGAUUCCUUCAAGAGCAUCAUCAACUGGUGUGCGAAGAAACUGGCAAUUAUUUGGUCAUCUGGUCGAUUAAUUUAGAAAUGGAAGAGAAGCACGAAUUGAUGUCUCAUGUGGCACAUCAAUGCAUUUGUAUGCAAUACAUUUUGGAGUUGUCUAAGCAACUGGACGUUGAUCCUCGUUCAUGUGUUGGUUCGUUCUUCUCUAAAAUUCAAGAUUGUAUACCCGAGUAUCGUCAGCAGUUUGAGAGUGAAAUCGAAGGUUUCAAAGAACGUGUUCGUAAAAGGGCACAAGAAAAAAUUGCAGAAGCAGUUGCUGAGCAGGAAGAAGAAGACCGAAAGGCUCGUCUUGGACCAGGUGGAUUGGAUCCUGUAGAAGUAUUUGAAUCAUUACCAGAUGAACUGAAAGCUUGCUUUGAAUCACGUGAUAUCGGCCUGCUGCAGGCGACAAUUGCAAAAAUGCCAGAAGAUGAAGCACGAUAUCAUAUUAAAAGAUGUGUUGAUUCGGGACUUUGGUUACCAGAAGGUGGCAAAAAAGAUGGUGAAACCGAGGAGUCAGAAGCAAAAUUUGCGGAGGCCAAAGAUAAACCCGAAUCUGCCGAUGAACCCACAUACGCUGGAGUAAGUACUGAUGAUUUGGACUGAUUUCGAAGCAUGAAUAACCGCCAACUUUUGCUUCUGAGAUGAUAAUUAUUGGAACUUCUUCAGAUAUCUGAAAUUAUUAUGUUGCAUCCCAGCAAAACUACUCAAACAAACAAAAAACAAACAGAACAAAAAGAAAAAAAAAAAUAAUUAUCACGCAAAAAACUCUCGUUAAGUAUAUAUUUUGUAAUUUCUUCAGUUUAUUUUUCGAUUGUAUAUAGUAAUAAGAAGCUUCUCUUAAAAGAUUUAAAAUAAAUCAUUAUGUCCCAUUUAAAAUAAAUUCAAAAAUAUCUUU